UAUUCAAUGUCCUCCUGUGAAUCCUUCUUUUCUUCUCUAAAUUGAGCUAAGUGUAUUUGAACGUAGAUGCCUUGGUGGAUCACUUUCUAACCGUUGUCAACUAUCGCUAAUAUAUUGUUCAUCCUGAAAUGUUUAGACAGGAAUACAACCAAUGGUAGACUGAUAGAGACGAUGGAAAGCCUCUCGGGCUCCAGUGGACCUCUCUUCUUCUAAUGGUUUAUGUUUGUUCAACUCAACAUCCCAACGAUGCAAUUCGACAAGUCCUCCAGGCAGAUCAGGCCCUCCCAGCUCCUGAAUUGUCAAAUAGGCUUCAUGGUGCCAUUCCUCCAGACGCAUUGCAUAUAUAUACAGUUCAGCAAUUACUUCAUUCAUCCUUCUGGCUUAAGACCAGGUCUUGCUACGCUGACUGCUGGGGCGCCUCAAAGAGUGCUUUUUUAGCAUUUCGUGGACUAAACGAACUGACCUUCACUGAGGGUGGCAUUGAGAAGCAGAUUUAUUCUGAUGGAUCCUCAACUGCGAACCGCAAUGAGGUCUCAUAUUAUCUCGAGGAAAUAGGCAAACGAGCUUGGGUUGUCAUGACCAGCUGGAAUUGGCGACUCUCGGCUAUUAUUCCAUGCUCUCUGAUGUUUCGAUCUACUGAAUACCACAUUGAAUUACCUAGUUUGCACUUGGACGGCCACCUAAGAGAAUCCAGCCGCUCUCCCAUCAUGUCCACGGCCCUUCAGUGUAUGCUCGCCGACAGCUUCUUGGAGAAAUUCGGCCCACCUCCCUCUUUUGACAAAACCUUAGCGAUCGAGGAUCCAUCUGAGGAGCAUAAAUUUGACAAUGAUCAAAAUCACAAGACUUUGAUGAUGAAAAUUCUGAGAAGGAAGACUACCAGCCUCCGUCCAUGCCAGAUCACUUGCCAGACAACAUUUCCUGGCGUGAUACAAGCGGGGAAUUCGAUGCUAAUUUAUGGAUCGCCCUGAAAAAGUUCAUUCUUUCCGUUAUGCGUCUGUCAUCGACAUUGUAUUCCCUUCGCUCGCAUCUUAUUAAACCGUUAUCGCAAGCUUCCCCGAUCACGGAGCUACAGCCUCGACAACGGGGUCUAAGAGUAGCUCUCAAAUACAUGAACUGGCUAAUCAAAUUCUUUCGUUUUAUUUUCCCCGACGACGCGAACUACCACACCCUGAUAUUUUUAAUCUUCGAUGUGGCUACGCUUCUGUGCUCUGCAAUUAUGCAUGACAGCGAUUCAAGCAUGCCAAUGCGCGUUACAACCUGGGAAGCCGUCCAA